AGCAGACAGGUAACCCGCUGCGGACUGUAGGCCAGUCCAAGUGAGAGGGUCUCGUCAAAGGCCGCUGCGUCCGCCGGCCCGAAGCUUCAGGAGCCCCUAAGUGCCAGCCGGGCCACAUUCACCAGAACCUGAACGCUAAGACGUGUGCUGCUGUCCCUGGGGCUUUGGAACCCACCGGACAACCUAUGUCCGCCUGGGGGUUCCCUGUGCCCAACGAUCUAUUAGGGGCUCCAGCGGUGGACCAUGGCCUUGAGCCUUCUGCGGGACUGGUGCAGGGGGCUGGAGGUGGACACGUUGGUUACUGGGAUCCCCGAGGGCCUGGAGCCCGGGGCCAUCCAAGCCUUCCUGCAGCGGGUUUUGCUGUCUCGCGGAACACCAGCACUUGAGCCACGGGAUGGCCAGGCCGCCCUGGUGUAGUUUGUGGAGGACAUGAUCCCCAGGGAGAUCCUGAGGGAGGAUGGCGUCUGGAGGGUUCUGUGCCGAAAGUGCGCAGAGGACUCCAGGGUGUUGGGGCAGUGCUUGCUGCUGGAGACCCAGGCCCAGGCAUUGCAGCAGGUGGCCAGGAGGGCCGUAGGGUGGCAGAAACUGGGCUGGAGGCAACAGGUUGGCAGGAGUCCAGGACUCUUCAAGGGGAGCCUGGGCAUCUUGAUCCAGGAGGUGGACCGGGAGGACUUGGGCUGGGAGGAGCAGAGCACGCUGGACGCCAUGCUGCAGGCCUUCGUCAGGGAGCUUGAGAAGUGGGUCUUCCAGCGGGAGGCGGGUGCCGGCGAAGGUCCCCGCGAGUUCUUGGCCCUGGUGACGGUGAGGGACAAAGCCGAGAAAGAGGAACAGCUGAAUGAAGAAGAACAGAGCAGCCUCCCAGAAUUAGUGACCCUGCUUGCAGUGAGGGAGCCCACAGACAGCGACGCUUCAGAGAGCGGGCAGGAAAACGGGAGCCUAGAAAAAGAGAUGGACACCCCUGAGUUUGUGGCCUUUGCGGCUUGUACGGACUCCUCUGCCCCCAUCUGCCGUGAGAUGUUAAAAAUAGCUUCUGUGAUUAAGUCUCUGGGCUGGAGAGACAAAAACGACAGCAAGGAUGUCCUUCCCGGGCUCAUGUCCUUGGACUUCUCCGCUCACGCGUGAAGGUGGACAAGGCAGGUCGGGGAGGUGGAAGCUGUGGUCCUGAAGGCCAAGGACGUCGGGAACCUUCUGGAGUGUCUUUCUACCUUGGCUGAGCUGGAGCUGCCUCCGGGGCUGGGUGGACGACAAGGACGCGGCCGGGGUCUCCUGGGGGAAGAAGGGAAGGGGCUCGUGGCGCUCCUGGUCGCCCUGGACGUGGCAGGUGUAUUGGCUGAGGAGAAGGAAAACGCCCCGCAGCGGGGAUACUCGGGAGGCAACCUGGGGGAGGUCUUGGCGCCCCUCGCUGCGCUGGAGAACUUGGAGUCAGGGAAGGGCUCGAGGCGCCUCCGGGAGAAUCCGAAGAGGCGUCUGAGGACUCGGGGAGCGCGGCGAGUCCCGGGACCGGCGUCCUGGGAGCCGCGGGCCACGCGGGCGCGCACCUCCUCCAGGGCCCCUGGUCAGGCCGGCGCCACUCGAGAAACCCGAGCGGGAGGUCGUGGCCUCGGGGACCGGCGCACUCGCGAGAGGAAAGCCGGGAACCCGCCGCGGAAAGCCAGAAAAAGGGCUCGGCGCAGCAGGAGGCGGCCCCCCAAGUGUCGCUAGGGGAACCCGAGCCCACGAGGCGGCAGAGCUCAGCCGCAACCUCCCGCCGGCUCCCUGCUCCCUCGGGUAGAGGCGACUCCCCGCUGCGCUGCACACGGAAGGACUUGCAACCAUGAGGGAAGAAAACACAAAAGGAACCCUGGGGGGGCCCAGUGUUGGUGUCGGGGUGGGGGGGGGUCAGACCAGGCGGCUUGGCGCAGGGUGCCCCCACCCCUCCUUAGCCCUGCAGAGCCAGCUAGUUUUUCUGGUUCCGAAGGUUUCAGACCCGCCUCUGCCCGGGACAGCCUUGCCCACCCAUCUGUGGGUGACAGCCAGGAGGUGAUGGGGGCUGGGCAUCAGAGAGGCUCUUCCAGCCUCCCUGGGGGAGAUAAUGCCAGAAAGGGAAACUUGAGGGGGGCUG